AUGCAGCUCCACGCCCUCUUCUCCGCCGCUUGCCUGCUAGCGGCUAGCAGUAUCGCUAUGGCAGACAGUCUGCCGCUGCGCGUGGUAUCCUUCAACAUCCGGUACGCGGCGACGGUGCGCGAGACCAACGAGCGGCCGUGGUCGGAGCGCCGCGUCGGGCUGAUCGAGCAGCUGAAGGCGGUGACGUCGGCGAACGGGACGGCGGGGGUCGCGGUGCUGGGGCUGCAGGAGGUGCUCGACGGGCAGCUGAGCGACAUCAAGAACGGGCUGGGCGCGGCGACGUGGGCGCACGUGGGGUUCGGGCGCGACGACGGCGCCAAGGCGGGCGAGUACAGCCCGAUCCUGUACCGCGCGGACCUGCUGCGGCUCGUCUACUCGGAGAUGAAGUGGCUGUCGCCGACGCCGGACCGCGCGUCGUUCGGCUGGGGCGCCGGCAGCCGCCGCGUCGUCACCAUCGCCGUGCUCGAGCACGCCGCCUCGGGCCGGCGCUUCCUGCACGCCAACACGCACCUCGACAACGUCAGCGCGCUCGCGCGCACCGAGGGCAUCAAGGUCGCGCUCGCCCGCGUCCAGGCCGUCCAGGCCCUGCACGGCCCCCUCGGCGUCGUGCUCACCGGCGACUUCAACUCCGAGCCCGGCGGCGACGCCUACGCCACCCUCGAGAGCACCGGCUACCUCACCGAGGUCUGGUACUCCGGCGCCGCCCGCCGCGGCACCAACCAGCUCACCUACACGGGCUUCUCCGCCACCGGCAAGUCCCGCAUCGACUUCGUCUGGUUCGGCCCGACUGCCGAGAGCCGCUUUUCCGCCCAGCAGUUCGAGUUCCUCGGCAACGACGUCAACGGCAUCUUCAUCAGCGACCACCGCGCCGUCGUCGCCGACCUGACGCUCCUGUGA